AUGAUGUCCUGUUGCGAAGGCAUCAGUCAUUCAAAGGAACAGAAAAAGAUAAACAGAAUUAUUGAACAGACGCUCAAAAGGGACCGAAAGGAUGCCAGAAAUCAACUCAAACUGCUGUUGUUGGGAACGGGAGAGUCCGGCAAAAGUACUUUCGUUAAGCAAAUGCGAAUCAUUCACGACUCGGACUACACGGACUCCGAGAGGAAGGCAUACAUUGAAUACGUUUACCACAACAUCAUAAUCGCCAUUCAGACCAUCAUUAAAGCCAUGAGUGACUUGAAUAUUGAGUACGAAAAUCGUUUGAAUUACUCGAACGCAGAGCUUUUGGAUACCAUUUAUGUGGACUACAAGUCAUCCCAUUUGACACAACUGAGCGCACCGGUAGUGACGGCCAUCAAACAGUUAUGGGUUGACUCUGGAGUGCAAAAGUGUUACAAUCGGCGAAAUGAGUACCAAUUGAGUGAUUCGGCGAAGUAUUACUUCAAUGACAUCGACCGGCUGUCGGCGACCAACUAUAUGCCCACCCGUCAGGACAUACUGAGGGUUCGGGUGCCGACGACCGGUAUUAAUGAAUACACAUUUGAGUUGAAUUCUGUGCGCUUCCGAGUGGUGGACGUCGGGGGCCAGAGGUCUGAGCGGCGGAAAUGGAUCCACUGCUUCGAGAACGUGACGUCCAUUAUUUUCUUGGCGGCACUCAAUGAAUACGAUCAGAGGCUCUUCGAGUGCGACCACAGCUGCGAACAGAACCGGAUGGAGGAGUCGCAGGCCCUCUUCAAGACCAUAAUCACGUGCGAGUACUUCAUCAGCUCAUCGGUGAUACUAUUUCUCAAUAAAACCGAUUUGUUUGACGAGAAGAUCCAAAUGUCACAUCUCGUCGACUACUUCCCGGAAUAUGACGGCCCGACCAGGAAUGCCGACACCGCCCGCGAGUUCAUCCGAAACAUGUAUUUGGCUUUAAAUCCCUAUUCGGAUAAACAGAUAUACAGUCACUUCACGUGUGCCACCGAUACCGACAAUAUUAAGAAAGUCUUUGAGGACGUAAAACACACUAUACUUCAGAUACAUAUCAGAGAAUUCAUGUUAGCAUAG